CUUCCCCAUGUCAUCUUCAUUUCCUCCUUACACGAGCUUGCUCAAAAAGCAAAAUUAGUGAUAGUUGACAACAGGCGAGCAAACACGAGAGGUGAGGGAGGACACAGAUCUGUACUCAACAGAGGAUUUUCUAUUCUCAGAAGGAGUUUCAGAGGAGUGUCUGAAAACUGCCCUGUGCUGCUGGAUGGUUGACUGAGCUUUGGCGGAACAUCUAGUGCACAGUUAAAUCCAAGGAUCCCUUCCUUGCCGGGCCCUUUGACCUUUAACCCUAACAUCCCAGGUGGAAUGCAAUCUGGUGGGAUGGCAGAGGGUGGUGAGGGUACAUGUCCCAAGGUGUUUGUGGUGGACAGCCAGGCCAACUACAUCUCCAUGCCCAGCAGGAGGGAAUCGAAAUGGGCGCGAGCAGGCCAAAAGUAUCUUUUCAUGCUGGUUGGACUCGCCAUGUUGGGACUUGUUGUCGAGGGAUGUUUAAUCUACAAUCUUUACAAAAAAACCCAGGCUUUUCCCCUCAGUGGGUCUCACCUUCUCUGCCAGAACUCGUCCAAUCCCAAAACAUCUGAUGGCACCAUCAUGAGUCAAGUGGGACAUAAAGAGUCCAAUGAGAUUCCCACAGUGCGAACACAUCAGGAACAGAUCCAACAGAGGCCCUUUGCUCAACUGUUAGGAUCCAGCCAUCCUAUGGACGAGCAGAAUGUUGUGCAGUGGGUACACGAAGGUGGCGAAACCAUCACCCGCAACAUGGACUACAACAAUGGCCGGUUGUUGGUCCAGAAAGACGGUUACUACUACCUCUACUCCAAAGUGACAUUAGAAAUUUCAAAUACUGCAACGGAGUGUUCGCUUUUCCAGCACAAGGUCAUGAAAAAAACCGAGGCCUAUGGCAAUCCUAUAGAGCUUAUGAGAUCAAAAAGAGUCAGCUGUGGGACCCAGAGACCUUCAAGUUCAAAGCCUUCAAGUGUGGAGAACCUGUGGAACAGUUUCCUGGCUGGGAUCUUCCAUCUGCAGAAGGGAGAUAAAAUUUUUGUCAGAUUGGAUAAUAUCAAGAAGAUGCAUCAAGGAUCUACUGACAACUUGAUGGGGGCCUUUAUGAUAUUUCCGUAGAGGCAUAUAGAAAUACCUUUGUUCCACUUUGUGAAUGAACACACAGAAAUACAGAAUUGUCUCUCUGUGUGUUCAUUUACACAUUAUGUUGUGGUGAAUUUUAUAUAUAUAAUAUAUACAACAUGUAUAAUAUAAAUUAUAUUGUAAAUGAUUAAUGUAUUUGAA